AACAAAAUGAGUACUAAGACAAGUUACACACUUGCUCCAAUUACCGUAAUUCCGGCUACGUUAGCACAGACCAUCAGUAUAGGUAAAUUAGAAGUCAUAAGCAUCUAAUUUCAACAAUUGUCCUUCCAAACAACACCCUCGAGGAAGAGAAACGAAAUGGGGUCGCCGACCUUGGAUAUUCGCCUAAUCUCUGCGCAAGGAGUCAAGAAUGUGAGAAAAUUGCAGGUGAGAAGCUUGUUCAAGAUGAAGGUGUAUGUGGUGGGUUUCAUCGACGGCGAUCCAGAUUCUAAGCAGCAAACGCCCGCUGACAACGACGGCAGCACAAACCCCUUCUGGGAUUUCCAGAUGAAAUUCAAAAUCCAUGAAUCUGCCAUCCGAGACGACCAAGCCCACCUCGUUCUCGAGCUCUAUUGCGACCGCAGGCUUGCCGAUCCCAAGUACGUUGGAGAGGUCCGAGUCCCGAUUAAGGAGCUCUUUGACAGAGCCGGCGAGAGGACUUCUGAUCUCGCCGUAAGCUAUCCCGUCACUCAACCCUCACAAGACCCAGAAGGGAAAUUGAACUUCUGGUAUAAGUUUGUCGGAGUUUCCUUGCCAAACGAAAUACCAUCUCCGCCACAUAAGCCACCUUCCAACAUCCGAAAGGGUUUGUCGAUUUAGAUUUCGCGUUCACUGGCCGUGAACGACUGAAAGCCAUUCUCAUUGCAGUUGGCUUCAGACUCGGGCUAUCGCGCAAUUGUAAUAUGUAUAGUAUUUGCCUCCUCUAUUUUUAGUCUUGCCUGUCAAGAAAGCAAGAGAAAGAUACCCACUCCGGCGAUUUCUCGGACCCCUGCAACUCUCCCACCGAUUCGACGACUAUGAAGAACAACUACUCCAUCUCGUUCUAGAUUUCCAGAAACCCCUCAUUCAGAAGGUUGUGAGGGUCGCAGCCUCGCAGGUGAUCCCCGUCGCCGGCUCGUCGGAACUCGGAACACGACGCCUCGCUUGACACAAAUUAAUGGGGUCGAAGACUUAUACAGUUAGCACGUCACAUGCUACCCCACAAAAUUAAUUAAUUAGCGAGGUUUUUUCUUAUUUAACCAUGUGGUUGUAUGAACACUUUACUAAAAACUUUGUUGAAAGUUAAAAGCUUGCUGAGAUUCA